UUACUUUCGCUGCUGGGUAAAGUCAAGUGGAAUCUGGCAACCCCAAAAACAAAGCGUCAAAUUCGAUUGGCUCGAUUACAAAAAGUCCGCAAAUUUCAUCUAUAAAUUUUCCUGUCUUAUCUAUUUAAUUUUAUUGUCCUGCCUAUUAAUUUUCUCCUGGUAAGUGUUUUUAUAAAUUGGUGUGAAAAUAAAAGUGAAAGAAAAAUCCCAGAGAGAAUAUAACGGUAGUGUCCUGAGAAACAAUGGCAGACGCCAAAUCGCCGGUUCGAGAAAUUGCAGAAAAAUUGCGAACAGAGCGUGAAAAAGCUCUGGAAUUGCUGGAAAAAUCGCAGUCACCGAUGAGAGAGAUCAGAGGGAAUAUUUCAUAUUUGUUCCGUCCGCGCAGUAGUGCAAGCUCAGGGGCCUCAGGAAGAAACACGAGGGAUCCCCAUCCUUUGUCCGUGAAUCUCAGUGACCUGGCCGAAGACAAGACACUUGAUUUGGAAGAUUCCCCUGAGAAACUCAUAUUUGACCCAACUGAGAUAACAGGACGCUCCACGAUGCUCACAAAAGGGGAGAGGCGGAUGCCCAAGAAGACUGCAGCUAGUGUCAUUGAGGAGAGUUUUGAGGACAUUCUGGCUACCAGUCGGUGCCAGAAUGUCCGGGAGCUGAGUAAGAGCUGCAGGGAGAGUUUGAUCAGCGAUGGAGGGAGGCAGGGCAGCAAUAUUUCCUUCCAUUCAGAUGACUUCGUCUCAUCGGAUAAUAUGAAGAGGAAUAUGCUGUCAGAGGAUGAGAGGGAGUGGGAGAAGGAAUAUUUUGCCAUUCCGGGAUUCAAGCAGCAGCAGCAGCAACAACAGGAGAUUCCUGUGGAUUUUGAUGGAUUUUCCGGAUUUAUUCACAAUUUCUCAGCUGCUUCUGACCAAUUUUCCCUGGGGGCCUUCUGCAAUAAACAGAGUGAAUCUGUGAGGAAUAUCAUUAGAGUUGGGAGUCCUACGCAGGAAGCACAGUGUCUACUCAGUUCUAGCAUGAGUUCUGUGGCUUCUGAAGCUUCUGCAGCAUCAGCAGCAUCGGCCAUUGGAAGGACAUACACAAGGGAUUCCAGGGAUGUUGAGCAUUUGAUUGAGGGAUUGAAUCUGUCAGAGUCAACAAACAAAAUUCUGGCUGAUAUCUUCAAGAGGGACUCCCGGAAGCCAUUCCGGAAAGCCCCUCUGGAUGAUAUCACUACCAAGGAUGCCAAUGUCAGGGUGAGGGAGAGAAUUAGUAAGGACAAGCCACGAGGUGGCAAGGAGAAUCGCCGAGAAGAGAAGGAAUAUCAGGAAUUCUGUCAAUUCAACUCUAGUAAAUCUCCAAGAAGGAAUAUGUCUCAGUCAACUUUGCUUUCCGGAGAUUCCACCCAGGAGACGGAGAAUCAACGUUCCAGCACCCGGGUUGAGCCCAUUGGUGCCCGCAAGAGAUCCCGAUCGAGUGUGUACGGGAAGGCUGCUCUGGCUCCUGCUGUGGUUGAGUAUCGUCGAGCAAAGUCACCCAGCAACGUUCGAGAAUUGAGAGCGAUCUCUGGAACUCUGGGGUCUCCCUCGGCAGAAUCUACUGUCACUGGCGAUCGCAUGUUCCUCUGCCAGACGCCCAUGGACUCGGGGAAGAUAUCCCUGCCCAAUUAUGCGCUCGUGAAGGGAGAUGCAAUGAGUCCGGCUGGGAGUGCAGGAUUAACCAGGACCACUUCGCAGAUAAGCACGGCCAGUGAAUUCAACCACCGAGAGGGAUACUUGCCGCUCAAGGCGACUCACGGGGAGCUGUCCUGGGGCAGUGUGAGACUCAGGACGUCCGUCAAGAAGUCCAUCCAGAUCAAGAACACAUCAGCAAAAAGAUUGACUUUCCGGGCGGUUAUAGACGGGCCUGGAUUUCAAUUUGGAAGUGCCGAUGCACCCCAAAUGACCCUCAGUCUCCAGCCACAAGAAUGUCGGUCCCUAUGGAUUGUUUUUGGACCGACAGUCAUAGGUCCGGCUGUUGGGAAAUUGGUGUUUAAGCCUCCAACAUCUGAUAACAUUCGAGCCAAUCGCGUGAUUCCUCUGUACGGCUACGGGGGUCAUGCGACGGUUACCAUUAAGGGAUUGCAGCAGGGACCAGUUGGAUCGAAAUUCCUGCGAAUGGGUGACAUAAAGGAGGUCAUGAGGUGCUUCGAGGAGACAAUUACUGCUUUCAAUCGAGGACCACUGAGUGCCUUUGUCAAUGUCAGUGUGGAGAAUGCGCGUCCGGAUCAGAGAUACUUCACAACAUCCGUCACUGUGUCUCCGUCCAAAAUAAUCAUUCCACCUUCGGGAUGUGCCAGUAUUACCGUUCAGUUUAAGCCGCAGAAGGAUGAACUGAAGAAAUUGGUGAAGAUGCAGAAGAAUAUGGAUGUGAUUGUGAUUGCGAAUCUUAUUGUGCUUACGGGAGAUGAACCGACGCGGCAUCGUGUGAAGCAUCUCAUUCAGAUGAUGCCGAAUCAUUCUCGGACAACCACGAGUGCUCUGUCGAGUCUCUGGAAUACCUUUCCGAGGGAACAGGAGACGGAUAAUCUGGAGGAAUUGAAGGAGAAUGCUCUGGCAAUUAUUGAUCUGACCCAAGGGUUCCGAAGCACAGAAAUCGCUCUGACUCUCAACAACAGCACUGAUGAUACAGUCAUGGAUACAUCCGGAUGGGACGCAGACUUCGAGGAGACCAUCCUAUUCCGGACAAUAACGCCAGGGACUGAGCCGGAGGAUGAAAAAAUAGAAGCUACGUGUGAGGAGAUUGAAUUGUUCAAAGUGGAACCGCAGGAAAUUGUCUGGGAGUUUCUAAAGAGAGAAACCCGAAGGAUCAUGUUGACGUCCAUGUCAAGGAAUAUGGAAAUCUUCGAAAUUGAAACAAAUCAACCGCAUUUAGUGAAAUUCUCUCAGGAUGGGGGAGAAAUUCAUGCGAAAGACCGCUCUGGCAUCAGCGUGAAGUUAAUUCCAGGACCAUUGCCGAAGAGUUCCAUCACAAUCACACUGAAGGUUGCCCAUCAAGUCAUUUCCAUUCCCGUUCGCAUUGGAAGAGACCCCAGGAGGUAAAUUUGAAGUUUAUUAAGAGAGAGAUUUUAUUGAGUGCAAAAAUUGUAAACUAGAUUUUUCUUCUGUAAUAUUUUUGGUUAGUUCUCAAUGCACAAAGGAUUGUAUGAAACGUAUGCAAAAAAAAUCUACAUUGUUAAUAAAAUAUUCAGAUUUUUAUUUAA